AUGCCCCCAAAAUCUACGAAAGGAAAAGAAGUCAAAACUGUCAUAAACUUAAAUAAAUAUCUCAACAAAUAUAUCCGAGUUAAAUUCAACGGUGGAAGGGAAGUAAGGGGGUUGCUUAAAGGCUUUGACGUAAUGUCUAACCUGGUUCUAGAUGAAGCAGAGGAAUUUAAAUGUGAAUCUGAGUCAUUCUAUUCUUUUGAUGAAGAAUCUAGGCCUUUAGGACUAGUUGUUGCCAGGGGGACAUCAGUUGCUUUAAUUUUUUCGGAUGAUGGUACAGUGCCAAUAGAUAACCCUUUUAUUGAAUCCUAA